CACAAAAGCAAGGAAACGCACACACGCAAACCAAGACAGAAGCCCCGUUUAUACCUGGUGCUAACGUGUCUGGAAAAUGUCCACAUUCGAUUUUACCCACAUUUUCAGACAGGUGUAGAUGAUUAAAAUACGCAUUGUGAACUUAUUAUGAUCCCGAUUUCACAAGUGUAAACAGACUAGAUCAAGAAAAGAUUAGGAUGAAGAACGCAUGUAAGUGUCAGGUAUAAACGGGGCUAAAGAGUCACCCUAGUGUGAACACUGCUUGCUUACACUCCUCUCUCUUACUCGCUAGCCACUAGCUCUCUCACUCACGCAGUAUCGCUUCAUCUCUCUAGCUCUCUUCCUCUCUCUCUCUCUCUCUCUCUCUCUCUCUCACACACACUCUAUCGCUGAGCUCUAACCGGUUGGAUACAGUGCAGAGGACUUGAGGAGAGUGCUCUUUUCUUCUUUGGCAUUUCCUUCCUGCCUCUCUCCCUCACGCGCUGCUGAUUUAGAUCAUGUCCUUAGGGUGAGGAUGUAUUUGUGUCAAGCUGCAACAAAGGAAGAGUAAACAAAGAGUAAACAUUUACUGAACGGAGGAACGGGAAAGACCCUCCUUUAUAGGCUCAACAAAGGAACUUUACGGAUGCUAUUUGGAAUUUUCGUCUGACCCGUCGUGACCGCUCGAGCCUGUGGAUUUCUGAACAAAACGCGCCAACCAAAUGGAGGUAUUUUGGAUAUAAAAAUAAUCUUUAUGGAACAAAAGGAACAUUUAUUGUGUCUCGUGAGUGCAAACAUCCGAAGAUCAUCAAAGGUGGCUCACCGGACAGAAGCAGCAAUGUGAUUGUUUGGGUCAGAGAGCAGAUGAUGUCCUGGUACAGCUAAAGCAGAAAAUCUCCCCUCCUGUCCUCUGUCCUAUAUGAGGACCCGAAGAUGACUGUCACCAGCCGGCAGUCCUUCAAUGUCCUGACGGUCAUCUUCCUCCUGCUGUCCACCGCAGCUCUAUCAGCUAAUUUCAGAGUGUGUGAACCAUAUUCCGACCACAAGGGGCGCUACCACUUUGGUUUCCACUGCCCUCGUCUCUCUGACAACAAGACCUACAUGUUCUGCUGUCACCACAACAACACAGCCUUCAAGUACUGCUGUAAGGAGACUGAGUUCCAGACGGUCAUGCAGGUCAACCUGACUACCACCACAGACGGCUUCAAACACAAUAACUACACAGCCCUAGUAGGAGUGUGGAUCUAUGGCUUCUUCGUCAUGGUGCUGCUAGCCCUGGACUUCCUCUACUACUCGGCCAUGAACUAUGAGCUGUGUCGGGUUUACCUGGAGAAGUGGGGUCUGGGAGGGCGCUGGCUCAAGAAGGCUAGGAGCCAGUGGCACCGGCCGGUCCCAGGAGAGGAGAGUGAGACCCAGAACCAGGCCCAGGGUCACCCCAUGGCCCUCAGUCAACACCACCCCAGACACAGCCUCAGAGGCGAGGGCCAGAGCCCCACGCUCCUCCCCUACCACACACCGACCGUCUGAGUGAAGCUGCAAGAGGAUGAAUGAGUAGAAGAGUAGAGAGCAGCGACGCCGGGCAGAGGAUAGCACGGCUCAGACACCUUUCUCUGUCUGCCUGGAUUAUUGACACAGUAACAUACCACAGGGUGGCUGGCCCUACGGAAGCUAGUGGCUAGCUAGCAGUUCCUGCUCACCUCCAUUCCUCUGAGCUCCUACACACAGGGCAUUGGAGGAUAGAGUAUGACGAAACGUCUAGACUACAACAGAAGGCCCAGGUGAAUGGAGCUGCUGCUACCCAAACACUGCUGAGGAACAGGCCACAGGCACUGAAACUGACCAUGUAUACCCCUGCAUGGGCUGGGACUGUUAAGAAACCAAUGGAGACUUGAAGUGAACUGGAUAAAAUGUGGUUACAAACGAGGGGCCUUUGUUUGAUUUGUGUGUUUGAGUGUUGAUUUCACUUGGUUGCUGUGUGGGGUUAAAUUCAGUAGUAGUCAGAAGAAGUUGUGGGAGUACUGUAUAUUUUGGGGAUUUAUUUAAAGUAAACUAGUCAGGGACUUUCUAUGAGUGGUCAACAUCCAAGACGAUUCACUAUGGAGGUUGACACUGAGCAUCUUGAAGACAGACAACACUAUUUUUCUUCAGCGACAAAUGAGUCACCUGAAUCGAGCGAUAUCUCUAUUCUACAGUGUCAGCCUGUCUUCAGAAAAGGCCUUUGUGUGUAUUUUGUGAUCUUAUUAUUUUUCUAAUUAAACAUAAGUUGGUGAAGUUUCCUCUACUACAA